CGCCAAGCAGAAGGGAGCGCCGAGCGGCAUCAAAAAUCGCAAUAUUGACGGACAUCAGCGGUGGCGGGCGAUGAAAGGAGGAGGCCGGGCCUUCGUGAUUGGGAAAUGCUCUGAAAGACCGGGAGUUUGUGCGGCGGUCGUAAAGCAGAAAAUGCUAUCGUGUUGACACACGGAGACUUGCCGGCUGGGCGCACGCGACAAGGUGGCACGCGCUGUGUGUGAUAGCUGUUAAAGCUCCUAAGGCAAAGUGGCUAGCGCGUUUAUUUUAACAGCACUUUUAAGGCUUUAAACUACAAACAAGUACACGACGUCCGACAAGCCCGACACUGACAGGUCUGUGGGUCAAGUCGUAACGGAGUACCGCUCAUGGUUCUGCUCAGCCGGCAGGGAAAAGUUACACAGAGUCCUCUUCAAAGCAGCGCCUUGGUCUCUCUUAUAAUUGCCAUCAGUCUUAUUAACAUUCAAGUGGUCACUUUUGAAAAUUCAACACAAAGCAAGACGUGAUGUAAAGUAAUAAAUCCAGCCGUCACACUCUAUAGCUGCUCCAGUGCCUGACGGUCUAGCAAGGAACUGUUGGCGGGACGCGUCUUGAAGGACCGCAGAAUGGGGUCUGAGUCGGUGAAGGUUAUCGUCCGGUGUCGCCCGCUCAAUGAGCGGGAGAAGUCCCUGAACUGUAAGAUCGUGGUCAGUAUGGACAGCGCCAGAUGCCAGUGCUUCAUUCAGAAACCUGGCGCGAGUGGGGAGCCUCCCAAGCAGUUCACUUUUGAUGGCACCUACUUCGUGGAGGACCAGACGGAGCAGAUGUACAACGAGGUCGCAUACCCCCUGGUGGAGGGUGUUACUCAGGGUUACAAUGGGACCAUCUUUGCCUACGGGCAGACUGGCAGUGGCAAAUCCUUCACCAUGCAGGGCAUCCCGUCUCCCUCCAGCCAGCGAGGUGUCAUCCCCCGAGCGUUUGAACACAUCUUCGAGAGCAUUCAGUGUGCUGAGAACACCAAGUUUCUGGUGAGAGCAUCCUACCUGGAGAUCUACAAUGAAGAGAUCCGAGACCUGCUGGGACAGGACACCAAACAGAAGCUGGAGCUGAAGGAGCACCCGGAGCAGGGCGUGUAUGUGAGAGGGCUGUCACUUCACACCGUCCACAGCGUGAGGGAGUGCGAGGUCAUCAUGGAGCAGGGCUGGAAGAAUCGGUCAGUGGGCUACACCCUGAUGAACAAGGACUCGUCGCGAUCACACUCAAUUUUCACAGUCCACCUGGAGAUCUGCAGCACGGACCCCUCAGGAAAGGAUCAUUUGCGGGCAGGAAAACUCAACCUUGUGGAUCUGGCGGGCAGUGAGCGCCAAUCUAAGACUGGUGCCACCGGGGAGCGGCUGCGUGAGGCCACUAAGAUCAACCUGUCUCUGUCAGCCUUGGGCAAUGUCAUCUCCGCCCUGGUGGAUGGCCACUCACGCCAUGUGCCCUACAGAGACUCCAAGCUCACCCGGCUCCUGCAGGAUUCCCUGGGUGGCAACACCCGCACCUUAAUGGUGGGCUGCCUGUCUCCAGCAGACAACAACUAUGAGGAGAGCCUGAGCACACUCCGCUAUGCUAACCGUGCCAAGAGCAUCCAGAACAAGCCUCGCGUCAAUGAGGACCCCAAAGACGCUCUGCUGCGGGAGUACCAGGAGGAGAUCAAGAAACUGCGGGCGCUGCUGUCAGGGCAGCUUGGAGACGGCACUCUUGCUGCUUUGCCCAGCCAGGCCAUUGGAGUGGCACCAACGGGACCACCUCAAGAGGCUCUGUCUGUGGACCUGGAGGCAGAGCGUGAAUGCAUACGGCAGGAGUAUGAAGAGAAGUUGUCUCGCAUGCAGGCCGAGUAUGAGGCGGAGCAGGAGUCCAAGGUGAAGCUUCAGGAGGAGAUGGCUUCCCUGCAGCGUUCCUAUGAGAAGAAGUUGUCCCAGCUGGAGGAGUGCUACGUUAUGGAUUCGUCUUCCCCUGAGCCGGAGCUGCCACCCCGUCCAGGCACUGCAGCACCCACCGAAGUAACAGGUGUGGAGCAGACCUUGGGAAAGCUGCAUGUGGGACAGAACAUCAGGGGUGGUCACAAGGACGUGGCGGACAUUGGCCCGGAACAGCAGCAGGUCCUGCAAAGGCUGCAGAUGCUGGAGCAGGAGGUGGUGGGUGGCGAGCAGGCCUCCAACACGGAGCUACAGCAGAGGCAUCGACAGCGGCAGACCCUCGCCGACAAGCGUAAGCAGAACCUGCUGGAUGCGUUAGCCGAGGAGUCAGAGGCUGGCAACGAUGUGCUGCUCAGUGUCUAUGACUCCAUCCAAGGGGAGUUGCACGCCAAGAACAGGCAGCUGGAGGCAACCCAGACGAAGCUGAAGGCAGCACAGAUCGAAAUCUCUGACCUGCAGUCCGAGUUCCAGUUCGAGCGGAUUGACUACUUGGCCACUAUCCGCCGGUUGGAGCGGGAAGUGCAGCUCUCACAGCAGAUUCUGGAGCGGGUGCAGCCCCUCAUCCGGCGCGACUGCAACUACAGCAGCAUUGAUCGCAUCCGCAGCGAGGCGGUGUGGGACGAGGAGAGUGCCACCUGGAGGCUUCCAGAGGCUAUGGUGCAGAAGACUACUCUGCCAGCGGCGGUCUCAACUCUGGCACAGGGAAAGCAGUCGGGACGGCGAACGUCAUCUGCAGAGAGUGGGGAGCUCCUGGUGGAAGAAGACCGCUACAAGCAGAUGCUGAACCGCAGCGAUAGCGAGAACAUCGCCAGCAACUACUUCCGCCCCCGACGCGCCUCACAGAUUUUGAAUUCUGACCCCAUGAAGAGCCUCACUCUUGCCACGUUACACAACAAUGGACUUCACCACCUGACUUCAAGUGGCAACAGCAUCUCUCCAACCUCCACAGCAGAUGGCGUGCCACCUCGGCCCUACCGCCUGGAGUCCCUUGAGUUGCCCCCUCCUGGAUCCAAAACCAAGCGCAAGAAGAGCAGAGGCAACAUCCAUAUGGAUGGAUUCUGACCAGCAAAAGGCCCGAAAGGAAAAGCCAAGUUGCUCUGAAGUAACUGGAGACUGUGCCUCAAUGGUGGCCUAGCGAUGAGUAGCACGUUGGGGUGUCCUUCUGGGUCCAAGGUCAAGCAGAAAAGAGAUGUUGGCACAGAAAAGCUAGAGAAUAAUAAAAACAAAGCCAAGUACGAGUGUGGGAUGGGGAACCAGAACUGAAACCUCUGGGAAUCUCGGGGACUGCUGUUCCAUAAGGUCAGUAAAGAAAGAUUAGGGGAGAAUCCUGUGCGGCUAAUGGACAAACUGGUGGGCCAGGCUACCGUGGGUGUGUUUAGAGCCACACAUCACAUUAACACACUCCAUGGUCACCCUUACACGUAUAGCUAAUUACUAAAUGGAUGUGCAAGCCCCCAAAACACUGCCACUAUCUGGAGACAUGCAGUAGCUGGUUUUGCAAUAGUUAAGUGACCACUCUUAGUUAGCCAGUGUGGGCAGAGUAAACUAGAAGAGUGAAGCAAAUGAACACAUAAAAUGGGUAGCUAAGAUACAGAAUGGGCAAGAGCUGGCCAGACGAGGGGAGCACAGUGUACCACAAUAAAGAAUGUUGUUCUGAAGAUGGACAUUUUGGCCUCAUUCUUCAAGUGUUACUGAUAAGUUGCAUCAGCUGUAUGUGCCAGCAGAGAUGGACUGCAGUGUGUGAACAAUGGCACAGAGACCCUCCAUAUCACUGCUCAUCUGGACGUGGAGGGCAGCAGGCUAAGGCAUUGCCCUUCAGUUUCUCAACACCAGCGCGGACUUUACAUUAUUUUUUACUACAAAUGUACAAAUCAGACGACUCUGACUGUUGCCACAUUUCUGUAACUGGGGCACCAGCCAGGGUCAGUGCUGAAGUGCAACGAUGGUAACCUUUUGUUUUACAGCGUCAAUGGCUCCGGGCUGGGAGUAUCAUGGGCUUUUUUCAAGGACAGGGUUGGAACUUUUCAGGUCAAAGUGGUUUAUUCACAAACAUUCUACACUGUAGGCGUUGGCCAUGCAAAAUUGUGUUCUGAAGUUAAUCACUUUCUAUAAAUU